CAAGCCCGCCAACAAUCCCUGCCCUCCUCUGUCUCUUCUUCCAGAUCAGGCAUCGUUUUGUUGGCACUCUGAUAACAAAAACUUGCCUUGUGCAUUGCAUAGGGCCGGCUUGUAAUCCACAGGCUCCUCAGGCGACGAGCAAACGGCAGCCAUGGAGCCUGCUGCAACUAGCCUCAUCUCCCUGAGAGCAUCGUCCACCGCCGCCGCUGCGAACCACGGCUUCUCGUGGCGCCGGCAGCUAGGGCCGCCCACGAUGAGCAGGACGCAUCCGGCCAUGGCGUCGUCCAAACCUGCAGGGGCGAGACUGGUGGCUGCCGCUGCAGGCUGCAAGGAGUGCAGAGGGAAGGGCGCCGUGGAAUGCGAAGGGUGCAAGGGGACAGGCAAGAACAAGAAGAACGGCAACAUCUUCGAAAGAUGGAAGUGCUUCGACUGCCAGGGGUUCGGCAUGCGGAAAUGCCCCAGCUGCGGCAAGAAAGGCCUCACGCCCGAGCAGAGAGGGGAGAGAUAGGUAGUGUACUCCAAGAAUGCAUGUAUGAUGUAUCCUUCAAUACCAAUGGCGUACAAAAUACUAUUAUAUGCUCUGCAAUCGUCAUAUACCACUCUGAACCAAGGCGAAUGCCGCACUUGGGACUUGCGUA